AGAGCCCGGCACAUCCCCUCCACAGCCGCGCUCCCGGGUGGGACCAGCCCGCACCCCGCAGAGCCAUGAACCGGCUGCCGCAGCUGGUGCUGUGGGUCACCACAGUGGCUGUUGUCUCCUGCUCUGAGUCCCAUGAAGAAAAUUCUUCUUCACCAAAUCCAACUCAGAAGCUCUCCCUGAUAAAAAAUAGGAUGGUUUCAUUGCAUCAGCCUUCUAAACCAGAAGUCUCUUGUGUCAUCGGCUCAAGCUGUUCAUGGGUGACGUCCACAGACAGUUUUGGAAAACCAGACUGGGUGUUAUCUUCCAUUGGCGUCCUGGCAUCCCAGGAGAGGCAGCAGAUGCCUCUGGAAAACAAUUCCUCCUGUGAAAAUGUUGAAGGGGACAUUUUAGUACUGAACACCAGUAGACCCCCAGAGAGAUGCGAAUUCAGCCUGCAAAGCCCCAUCCUGCCUGGGAGCUUGGAUUCUUGCUUGCUGGAACUGGCCAUUUGUUCACAGGAUGCUGUUCCUCUCCUCCAGAGAUUCAGAGUUGAAAUCAAAUAUGUGGAUACAAACAAAAAUGCAGUAACUUCUCUGAGAGCUGGCCAUGAGGAGAAUGCCAGGAUGAAGUGGAAAUACCUGGUGGCCCAGAUUGGACGAAUAGAAAGACCUUUCAAAAUCACCCUGGUGUAUUCGAACUGUGGAGCACAGGAGGUUGGACUACUGGCAGUGAGCUCCUUGCAACUCAGGAACUGCUUUCAUGAUAAAGAAAACCAAGAUCUUUUUAUAUAUGACAAAGGCUCAACCUUCCCCUGCAUUCAUGGAGGUUGUGUCAGCCACCUACAGAUCUGUGAGUUCAUCAGUGACUGUCCUACCAAAGAAGAAGAAGGAGUGAGGUGUGAAAGUCUCCCAGAGGGUUCACACUGCUCUUUUGAGGAAGGUCUGUGUGGCUGGACACUGAAUGAAACUGCAGCAUCUCCUUGGUCUGUUCGGGGCUUUUCCGAAAUGAUUCAAGAGGACUCAUUUGUAGGAUCUACUUUGCAAGCCACUGGUGGACACUUCCUCUACCUGCGAGCAGAGAGCACUCACACAAGUGGUAUGGCUAAGGCUUACAGUACCAGCUUGCCAGACAGUCUUGCCACUGAGGACUACCAGGUUCAAUUUUCAGUGCAUGUUUUUGGUAGCUACAAUGGUACAGUCUCCUUCUCUCUCAGGGAAGAGAUAAAGGGAGCUCCAAUCACCUUGCCAAUGUGGGAGAGGGCAGGGAGCUGGAGUGACCACUGGUUUCUCAUCACCUUACCGAUGCCAGCGCUUCAGAACCGGUUUCAACUGGAACUCCUGGCAACCUGGGGAUGGAAUUCCCAAGCUGACAUUGCUAUCGACAACAUUACAUUUGGCCUGGACUGCUUCAAUGAUGGAAGACAACAGAGUCAUUUUGGUGGGAAACGUCAGUACCCACGUGAGAUUACUAUCCUGGAUGAGCAUCUUCUGAACCCCCUGGAAGAGCCCUCCCUCCCAGGGGACAAAGCUGUUGUUCUGUGGUGGUUCUCAACCUGCGGUGCCAGUGGUCCCCAUGGGCCAACUCAAGCUCAGUGUGACAGUGCCUACAAGAACAGCAAUGUGUCGGUGACUGUGGAGAAGGAGGGCAGGCUCCGGGGAGUGCAAGUCUGGAGAGUGCCAGCCACAAACAGAUACAGGAUUUCUGCCUAUGGAGCAGCCGGGGGGAAGGGAGCCAAAAACCACAAUAAGAGGUCCCACGGGGUCUUCAUCUCAGCCACCUUCCACCUGGAGAAAGAUGAGCUGCUGUACAUCUUAGUGGGGCAGCAGGGGGAGGAUGCCUGCCCUGGGGGCAAUCCUGAAACCCAGAAGAUCUGCUUAGGGGAGUCAUCUCUCAUUGAAGAAGAUUACAAAAAAAAAAGGGACCUGAAGGAAUGGGCUGGAGGAGGCGGGGGUGGAGGAGGAGCAACCUACAUCUUCAGACAGAAGGAUGGGAUUUUCGAACCUUUGCUCAUCGCAGCAGGAGGAGGAGGAAAAGCCUACCUGAAGGCUCAGGACAACUCCCUGGAUGAUGUGCCACUGGAGCAAUUUGAGAACAGCACUGCAGUACCUGGAGUCAAUGGGAGGACUGGGGCAGCAGGUGGAGGUGGCGGCUGGCAAGAUGAGAGUCUGCUUCCUCAGGCUGGGAAAUCCCUUCUGGAAGGUGGAGAAGGAGGUCAAGCUUGUCCCCAAGCACUAGCCAAGUUCCAGUGGACUACCUCUGGUGGUUUUGGUGGAGGAGGAGGAGCUUGUACCUCUGGGGGAGGAGGUGGAGGGUACAGAGGGGGACAUGCCUCUGAUAGUGAUGAUAUCACAGCUGGCGGGCAGGAUGGCAUCUCUUUUGUGAACCCCAUAGGAGAGAUCUUCUUGCAUCCCUUGGCAGCCAUGGAGAGUCAUGGUGAGGUGGAGGUUCAGAUCUAUCUCAACUGCAGCCACUGCCACUCAGACAACUGCAAGCGGGACCCUGACACCAACCUGCCAGUCUGCCAGUGUGAGAUGGGGGCUGUGCUGGCCAAUGACAAUGUCACCUGCACUGUGCCCCAGGGUCCUAUAACAGAGGGACAGCUGCCUCUCCCCCUCCUCUUAGCUGUGGUUUCUGUGAUUGUGGUGCUUGGAAUGACCCUCACUUGUGGCAGCCUGUCUAUCAUUUAUCACCUGAAGAAGCAGCAGCUGGAAGGAUCCAGAGCGCGACUGCAGAGCCCAGAAUAUAAACUGAGCAAAAUCCGUACCUCUGUCAUCAUGACUGAUUACAACCCCAACUACUGCUUUGCAGGGAAGGCCGCCACUCUGAGUGAGCUGAAGGAGAUCCCACGGAAGAACAUCUCUCUGCUUCGAGCACUAGGACAUGGUGCAUUUGGUGAGGUUUAUGAGGGAACUGUGGUAGGAAUUGCAGGGGAUCCCAACCCUCUACAAGUGGCUAUCAAGACCCUACCAGAAGUUUGCUCUGAGCAGGAUGAGAUGGAUUUCCUGAUGGAAGCAUUGAUUAUCAGUAAGUUCAACCACCAAAAUAUCGUGCAGUGCAUCGGUGUCAGCCUACAGACGCUGCCUCGCUUCAUUCUGCUGGAGCUCAUGGCUGGGGGAGACAUGAAGAGCUUUCUUCGGCAGAACCGACCCAGGAUGAAUCAACCAUCCACGCUAACAAUGCAGGACCUGCUGAAUAUAGCGAGGGAUAUUGCCUGCGGCUGUAAAUAUCUGGAAGAGAAUCAUUUCAUCCACAGAGAUAUAGCUGCAAGGAAUUGCCUUUUGACCUGUGCUGGAGCAGGACGAAUAGCCAAAAUUGGUGACUUUGGAAUGGCCAGGGAUAUUUACAGAGCAAGUUACUACCGCAAGGGAGGAAGAGCCAUGCUUCCUGUCAAGUGGAUGCCACCAGAAGCUUUUCUAGAAGGCAUUUUCACCUCCAAGACUGAUACCUGGUCCUUUGGAGUGCUGCUUUGGGAGAUUUUCUCUCUAGGCUACAUGCCCUACCCUUGCAAAACCAAUCAGGAAGUGCUGGAAUUUGUCACCAGCGGAGGAAGAAUGGAUCCACCAAAAAACUGUCCAGGACCAGUGUAUCGGAUCAUGACACAAUGCUGGCAGCACAGCCCAGAGUAUCGGCCAAACUUCUCUACCAUCCUGGAAAGGAUCAAGUAUUGCACACAGGACCCUGAUGUGAUUAACACUGAACUGCCCAUGGAGUGUAGCCCCGCACCAGAGGAUGAAGGGAGUACGGUCAUGCGCCCAAACAUUUCCAGUGGGAUAGUGCCACUGCUGGUAAGCCCCUCUCUCACACCUCAGACAACACCUAAGACGCUGGAAUCCCACCAUGCUGGGCACAAACUUGUACAAUGUCCACAAGAGCUACUGGUGGAGAACCUGAGCAACCGGACUGCCCGAGGGCCCAGCCUGCCAUGCCUCAGUGAUUUCAACAGUGGGUCCUGGUUCCAGCAGACCUCCAACCAGAAGCUGGAGCUCAGCAACCCAUCGGCCCACAGACUUAAAAACAAAACAAAAAAUCUUUGGAACCCAACUUACGGAUCAUGGGUGCUAGAGAAUAUCUGUCACUUCAGCCCCAGCCCCAAGGUCAAAGCAAAUCCAGAACGGGAAGAUUCAGGCUUUGAUGGGAAUUGCAGUUCUCCUAGCUCUCGGGCAUCUCCAGCAUCUCCAAGUCGAAGUAAAUGCCCUCACCUGGAUAUCAGUGGGAUUGAACUGGUGAAACUCCAGACUUUCCCCUGUGGCAACGUAAAUUAUGCUUAUGAUGACCUAUGCUAUAGCGCUGAGCACCAGCCUUCAGCCUUGGCAGAGGUGAGAGCAGCUGUGCUAAGGAGCUCCAGUCUGCACAGAGAUGAAAAGCCUUUUAGUAAAACAGAGAAAACAUCAAGAGAGAGAGACUCUGGUCUGUCUUUGUCAGAUGACCUGAGUGUUACUCCAGUAUAGUAGAAAUGGUUAUUCCAAAGAUCAGGGAACGUGUGUGUCUGGAAGGACUGCUUCCUGUUUCACUGUAGUUCCAUCUUUCCUUCACUCCACUUCCUUCCUCCACUUUAGUUCUGUCAGAUGGGUGAAGUUUAAACAUCAGCAAUGUUCUGCUUCCUCUGUCUACCUGCUGGAUCCCAGAUUGUUAAAGACACUUGCGUUUCUAUCUCUGUUCUUCAAAUUUGUUCCACUGAGUCAGCUUAGAAGUGGAGAACACCGGCAUUGUUUGUCUAAUGCAGAAUACAAUUCCUUAAGGAAAGAAUUUGUUUUCAAUCUGCUCAGGUGAAAAGAAAUGGACCUACUAUCCAGCUGCAGUAUUGGGAUGGAAAUAAUGACCAGCACAGGCUGUGCUUCUUUCUGAACCAAGAAUCCAAAAACCUGUGCUGUACCAGCAGUAACCAACUUGAAAAGGCUGCUACAUUCCUGAGAGCAUUUUACAGUCCUGGUGAAUUACUAAUACUUAUGCAACAUAAGGGAAGUAAAAAAAAAAAAAAAAAAAAGCACCCACAUUUGCAUCUGUUUUAUUAGUAGACCUUGUGGAAGCUAUUGCUCAAAUUGGAAGAAGUAGAAAGAAUGAAAAAAAAAAAAAAAUCAAGCUCCUCUGAGCAUGUGCUUUUUAAACAAGCAAUGAAGAGGAAAACAUUUACCAUUAAAAAAAGCAGUAGCUGGUGGAGCUCGUAGCAUUCCUUUGAAUAGUGAAGGAAAUGUGCUUCUUGCCUCAUGGCAUUGCUUUCCUCACAGCUCCUGGCAUCGAUGGGGCAGGUGGUUUUUCAAGGAAGGGUGAGCUGCAUGGAGUGAUGAGAAAUGGACUGUCUUUAUCUUUUAAUAGACUUUACUUAAAAUGAACUUCAUUUUUGUAAGUACUUUGAUAUUCAGCAUUAAUUCUCUGUGCUGUGUUGGUAAGCACUAAGCUGAGGUUCUUGGGUGACAAUCUAGCAUUUAGUAUGCUGGAGUUCUUGGUUUUAAUACUCUGAGGUAGAAAGUAAUGAAAGGGAGGGGACUAGUGAAGGGAAAUCUAAUGCAAACCCCCCCUUAGGGAUUUUUUUAGAGGAAGGUAGAAUAGCUUAACCAUUUGAGAAAGCUAAAACCAUGACCUGGCUUCACACAGCUGAGCAGGUAGUAAUUGCUCCUUGCCUUGCAAGUGCAGACUUGCUCAUAAAGGUAGUCAUUGGUUUCCAUGACAGCUCAUUUCUAAGGCUUUCUUCAGUUCUUUAAGAUCUAAACAGAUAUUUACAGAUUAAAACUGCAAAAUAAGGAGACUGAAAAGGGAAAUAAUUUGGAUUAAGUCUAAACUGUCUAGGAAUGAUUCUGUCCUUAUACCCCUCCCAAAUGUCACACUGCUCACCUAGAGUGGCAAAUUACAUGCUGUCUUUGUGUGUAAUCAAGUUGUAUAGUGAGAUGCCAGUUGCAGACUUCUCUGGUUCCUUCCUGAGGCAAGAGGCUCUCUGGUAUAUGCUUUAUGCUUAGGGAUCAGCUGCAUGUACAACCUGAAGGUGUGGGCUAGCAGGGGAGGGUUUGCUUUGACCACACAGGUUUCCUGUCCUUUACAUCAGUCAGGGUGGACAGUACCGAGCCAAGCUAAAGAAAAGCACAGAGUGAAGUCUGAAUCCAUCCUCAGUGAGAGGCAUCUUCGGCACAGGUUUAUGCUUUUUUAAUCUGACUUUUUAUCUGUUCCAUGCGUUAUAUAGUUUUAGGCCUUUGACUUUAGAAUGGACAGUUUUAUACAAUGACAUUUCAGAGCAUACAAAUAUCUUAAGAGCAGGUGUCAAGAGGAUGUGAGCAGACUCAUUUCAGUGGUACCCAGCAACAGGACUAGAGACAACAGACACAAACUGAAACAUAGGACAUUCCACCUGAGUAUGAGAAGAAAAAACUUGUUUACUUUGAGGGUGACAGAGCACUGGAACAGGUAUCCCAGAGAGCUUGUGUCUCUGCUCCAGAGACACUCAAAGCCCACCCAGACAUGAUGCUGUGCAACCUGCUGUAGGUGAACCUACUUGAGCAGGGAGUUGGACUAGAUGAUCUUUGGAGGUCCCUUUUCACACCAAUCCUUCUAUGAUUUCCAGAUACAAAGGGUGAUGAUGGUCACCUUUCAGCAAAGACCCAUAUGGUGUAGAAAUAAUUCCAAAUCCAUCAUGUUGUAAAAUGACAGAUGGUCAGAAGAGAGGGGUCCCUCUGUGUGGGGCAAAUUUCAGUAGAAGUGUGGGGACUGAUGCGUUUAGUGACCAAGGGAAAUGGAUGACCUUGCCUCAUGCCCUUCUUCCCAUUCCACCUUUGCUUUAGCUCUCUAGCUUCUCUCACAUUGUGUUCUGUCCUGUCUUACAUCCAGGAGUUGCUACACCUCAGUGAGAUGAGGCAGAAAAGCCCAUUUAAGCAGGAAACUUUAUCCUUCUUCAUUGUGAUAAGUUAGCUGAGACUCCAUUUUCUUCAUGCGGGAAAAGCCAAUUCUUUAUUCCCAUCACUUAUUCUGUACAGUUUUCACACACCUCCUGUACAACACCUAUUGGCUGAGAGUUUUUUUACUACUUCAUUUUUUGGUCAGAAAAAUGGUCAUUUGUGUGUAUGUGCUCAGAUUCAGGCUGUUUACAUUUUUUCUUUAUGGGUUCUCAUGGAACAGAUCUUACUGGUUACACAGACGCAUUUAUUUUUCAACCCCAGAAUAGGUUGUUGUGUUAAGGAACCUUUCAUACAAGACUGUUUUUGCAUGGGAACUUGCAAAUUGUUUAACUACACUUAGAAGAGAUGACAGGCUAGCUAUUAAUUUAAUAGAGCAGGCCUGCUUUUAUGAGUGUUUCUUUUAUAAUUCUUCUACCUGUCACAACAUUUCCCCCUUUUUUAUUAAUUAAAAAAAGCUCAUAUGUUCUGGCGUUAAAACAAUUUGCAUCUUAUUAAGUCUAUUACCGGUUAUCUAUUAAAUACAGUACAAGAUACAUUAAAAAAAUGUUUACAAUCAACAAAAUUUAUUAAAUCCAAUCAUGUCACUGUCACAGCAUGAGAAAAAUAAAAAUAAUGUCCAAUGUCUCUAGGGGAUAUUGAUACAAAUUACCUUUAUUUUAAAGUCCAAAUAACUGAGACUCAGGAGAAACUCCAUUAGCUGGAAGUGUUGAUCUUUGACAUCACUGAAUGCCUUUUUGGGAGCCUGGAAGAGGGAAUAGCUGAGGAAGGUUAGUAGGAACACUAUACCAUGGUGAUGACAUAAGGCUUUUUUUGAUAAGUUUCCUCUGUAACUCCCUAGACACAGCCAUAUUCUGGCAGCCCUACUUUUGCUCCUGUUCUGGUUAUGAAGGCUGGGUGGUGGUGAAGUCAUUUCUCUUCUCACUGUGCCUCAUUUUCUCAGAGGCAAUUGGUGUCUGAUCAAAUGAAUAAAUGACUACUUUUAACCUGUUGAUGAUAAAAACACAUGCGUAUCUUCUCUAAGUUAAUGACUCAAUUAGGCUUUGCUAAUUGUACACUGA